AUGGCUCAUUACCGAGUGGGAAAAGAGUUUUACGAGAAGCUUGCAGUCCCCGGAAUGCCUUCUCCGACUGUAAACAAAUACAGCGAACAUUGCCAAAAACAGCACAUGCCUUCAAAAGUCAAAGUGCUUCCCAAGAAAAGCUUGGUCAAGGCUAUUGAAUUAGCCCUUCAAAAAGGCGGAGAUGUUUCCAAAAAUACUGAUAUUCUCGCAAUGUGUGAAGAGAUAGACGUUUCGAAGUUGAAUGAGAAAAACCUCUGCUGUAUUAGUCACCGAUGGUGCACUUCAGAAGUUGAAGUGGACUUGUUCGCCGAAAAGUUUGCACAAUUUCUCAAAAACACUUACUUGUGCGCUGAUGACACUUGCUUUGAAGAGAAAGCGUUUUUCGAACAUGCUUCAAAUUGGUGGAGCUUCAUGGGAAAACUAGUCGAACUGAUUUUUGACAAAGAAGGAGAAAAUGAAGAGUUCUUGAAGUACUUGUUAGACAGAACCACACUCUUUGGGUUCCAAGAGACUAAAACGGAAGAGGGAUUGGAAGCUGACAACGCUGACGAUCUACAAGAGAUGAUGUCAGCUCUUCUGAAUGGGAAAUCCAUGCUUCAGAUGGACACAUCCUCAAUCACAGAAUCUUUUCUUGGAGAUGUAGCUCUGGAAAAGAUUAGGAGUUAUCUUAUAUUUGCUUUGCCACAAGGCGCCACUCCUCAAAUCAAGCAAAACGACAUAGCCCAAAUGAUCAAAAAGAUCAAAGAGCAGAAAACAGAUUUUCAGAUGUCGAAACCUGAGAAACUCUUCGCACAGAUAGCUGAUGUCGUUCGAAAAACUUUGGAUGACUUUUCGAUUGUGCAAAAAGUGAAGGACAAUGUUCAGUUCCAAAGAUUCACAGAGUGUCUGAACUAUGUUCAGCAAUUGAAGACGUUGAAAAAUAAGUCGAACAAGUUCAACGGACAAGACCCGAUGGCGAUGGUGACACUCAUGAUGUUGCAGAACAGUGCCUUCGAGUACUUCUGGGUAGAUGUAUUUUGCACUCCUCAACGCAAAGAGGACAUCAAAGAAACUCUGAAGGCCGUGAAAGAUGGAAUGGCCGUGUUUGGCAUAGCAACUGUCAUAGUGUGUCCGCCAUUUGUGAUCGACAACCUCAUUCGAUGCUCAGAGAAACCAGUGGCUGGAUUAAUUGCCCAAUCAGCACUCGAACCCCAUUUGGAAGUAUUCUACAAAACGUUCCCUUUUAUGACACUGAGCGAAAGAUGUUUUCUCUUCUGCGAACCCAGUUACUUCGACAGAAUGUGGACACUACAUGAAAUGGCGAUAGGUCACACUCUUUACUACUGGUGGCAGUACCUUCUUGGCCCCUUUUCAAAAUUCAUUUCGACUAACGGUAACCAGAGCCUAACCUUCAGAAUCGACAGCAUGUGGAAUAAUAUCUACCGAGCAGGGCUAGACCAGUCUAGUUCCCGCACUUCUAUGUCUCGAAGCAUGGCGCUGUACAUGCUCCGACAAAUCGGACCCGGUGACGGGAUGACAACGAUGUUUGAUGUGAACUUCGCAACCAUGCAAACGGGUUUCGCAAUGGAUUGGGAAAUUUUGGCUACUUCUAUUUUUAAACUGGACCCGAAUAGAGACGUGAGUGAACAGAUACUGCAUAAGAAGAUGUCAGCAUACCAGACAUGUCUGCUCCAAUAUAGCCCACCAGGGUCGAAAUACAGUCACGCUUGGUUCAAAAACCCAGAGCACGUGAACCACAAUUUCAAGUUCAAUGACAAGUGGGAAUUGAUAGCGGGAUGUGUUGAGAACCCUUCCAACUUCAACCCAAAAUCACUGAAGUUCAAAGCAGUUAGCGGAGGCGACGCUACACUUGGAGGCGAGACUGUACUGAAAAAGUGCAGCGUCUAUUCCGUUAAAGAAAUAAGUCACGACGGACUUUUUCUUCCACUGGGCCUGAAUUUGUACCAUAUGAUAGGUCCCAGGAAAACUGAUCUUGAAAAAGAGUUAUCCAGUGGGUAUCUAAUCACAGGCGAGUGGUCUCUGCCUUCAAAACUGGUCGAACUGAGGAAAGAGGCAAUCAAAAAGAUCAAAGAAGAAAGGCCAGCGCAGCCAGAUGCAAACAUGUUGAAAUCGCAUCAGACGGUUUUUGAUUAUCUGACUCCGAAACAGGAUGUGAUGAUGAUCAAGUCUGCAAAUCCGAAGUACGACUUCAUGCUCGUGUUCGGAGUGAUUCCCGUUCAAAUGACUAGCUUCAGUGUAGCAUAUCCAGGACACGAUAAGACGGCGGGCAACAAGAAAAUCAAACAAGUCGAAUUUAUGAUGAAUUAGGUUUAUAUGAGA